AUGACGACGGCCUAUCACCCCGCGGCGAACGGGAUGGUGGAGCGGCUGCACCGCCAGCUAAAAGCCGCCCUCUGUUCCCAGCCUGAGCCCACUAACUGGGUUGACCAUUUGCCAUGGGUGCUCCUCGGCCUACGCUCUUCGCUAAAACAGGAUCUCAACUGUAGCUCGGCGGAGUUAGUCUUCGGCUCCCCUUUGCGCUUGCCUGGAGACUUCCUCGAUUCCAGCCCGAAGCCUCCCCCCACCGGUGACGACUUCGUAACGUGCCUCCGUCAGCAUUUCCAGGCCGUCAAACCCGCCCUACCUCAUCAGCCUUCCCAUAGGAAGAUUUUCGUGUACCCGGAUUUCACCAAUGCCUCUCACGCCUUCGUCCGGGUGGAUCAUGCCAAGCCACCCCUGACCCCUGCAUAUGCUGGCUCUUACAAGAUACUGGCCCGCAGUGACAAGUCCAUAACAGUCGACCUUAAUGGGCGCCGCGAAACCAUCUCCCUCGACAGGGUCAAGCCCGCUCAUCUUGAGACACUCGUCACCCCUGUGCAUCUCCCCGACCUUCCCUCCCACUGCAGGAAACCCUCAAUGCCGACGCCCUGUCCCUCGGCGCAAUGUUUCCUGGCAUUCUCCCCUGGUCACCACCAGGGUCUAGUAAAACCAGUUGUUCUCCACCAGUCACCGGGCACGGUUGUCAGUCCAUUCCCGCGCCACAAGACAAUGGGAUGA